AUGGUUGAGACAGGUCUUCCGGCCGGAUGGGAGGUCCGCCAUUCUAACUCCAAGAACCUUCCGUACUAUUUCAACCCCAUAACAAAAGAAUCUCGCUGGGAGCCUCCAGCAGGCACUGAUACGGAGACGCUCAAGGUUUACAUGGCCAACUACCAUAGCGGGCCCACCAGUCGGCCUGAUGGCACAGGCCAUGGUGAAGGGAAAAUCCGCUGCAGCCACCUUCUGGUCAAACAUAGGGAGAGCAGACGACCCAGUAGCUGGAGAGAGUCUGAGAUUACUCGGUCCAAGGAGGAGGCGAUUGACAUCCUUCGUGGCCAUGAAGAGCGCAUCAAGUCGGGCGAGGUCAGCUUGGGAGAUCUUGCGAUUGGCUUUUUUGGACGUGGAGAAAUGCAGAAGGAGUUCGAGGACGCUGCAUUUGCUCUACAGCCCGGUGAGGUCAGCGGUAUCGUUGACACGGCUUCCGGUGUCCAUCUCAUUGAACGCAUUCAAUAA